UCUGAAAACACCCGUUCAAAAAUACGCAGAUAUCCACAGGAGAGAGGUGGGUGAUUUUCGAUGAGGAAUUCUUAUAAAAAUAUGUCGUUCAGAAAACCUCCAGCUCCCCGACCGAAAAACAGGGUCGCCAGUGUGUUAGGAGAACUGGAAAAAACAUUCCCGCAAUCAUCAGUCCGUUCAAAUAAGGCAACUUUGAAUUCCUCACACGUGCGCACGCACCACUGUACCACAUCCUCAUCUGUUGGGAAAACUGACAUCGCUCGCCCCACGGUCCAAAAUACUGAAAAUGCAACGCCCCCGUGUCAAAAUCACCCCAGCCACAGGUGCGAACAGUAUUGUUCAGAAUGUGAGACAGUAGCAUGCUUAGAAUGCAUUUUGUCUGGUCAACAUAAAAAUCAUGACGUACAAAACAUCUCGGUUUUCUAUGAUACGACGAGGGAACUUAUCUUGAAAGACACACAAGAACUUGCAAGUUUUAUUUCGCCGUUUUAUGAUACAAUUAUGUCGGAUAUUGAAAUAACACACACAAUUGUUGCAACUCAACACGAAGAGAGAAAGAAAACAAUUUUGGAACUGGGAAAGGAUCUUCACCAGAUAGUUGACAAUAUCACCAAAAAAUAUUUGGAAGAAGAGGAGAAAAUGGAAACAGACGACAUAGAAAACCUACAAUCUCUGGAGAGGAAAAUCCUUGCACUGAGAAACCAAGUUCGACUAACGAUAGAAGAUAAUAACAGAAUACUCACCGAUAGAGAUUUCUACAAACCCAUUCAAAAACUUCAUCAGUAUACAUCCAAAAACCACCAAUUCAGGGACGUACCGGAGAGAUUUGAAAUAAUUGUCUCCGACUUCCAUCCAUCAAAACCAACAGACACAGAGCUGUGCCAAAUCAUCGGACGUCUAGACCCAACCGUAACAAAACCGAUCCAAAAACAACGACUACCGGCCUUGAGGAAAGGAAUCGAUAAAAGUUCCGAAACAGUGGGUACUGUUCACCCACACGUGUUAAGCAGUGUACAGACCGGGUUUACCCGCACUGCAAGGGUGUCUUGUUCUAAGCUGCACACGGACCAGUUCGUUGUCUGUGGCGACAGCAAGGUGAUGAAAUAUUUCAGUAAAGGGAAACUCCUGGAAGAAGUUACCACCCAAACUGGGAACGAGCCAUUUGAUCUGGCAGUCACUAGAGAUGGACAUCUGGUUUACAGCGACUGGGAUGAUAAAAGUAUCGAUAUAGUGAGAGAUGGAAGGGCGCAAUGUCUGAUCAGAUUACUGGGUUGGAGACCGCAGGGCGUCUGCUCCACCUCCACGAAUGACUUACUCGUCACAAUGAGAAUGGACGAUUCAUCUCAAAGUAAGGUAGUCCGUUACUCCCAGGCCAAAGUCACACAAGAGAUUCAGUACAACGACAGUCGUAACCCCCUGUAUUCUAAUCCAGCCUUCAUUGAAGAAAACAAAAACCACGACAUUGUUGUUAGUGAUUGGAACACCCAAGCUGUUGUCGUAGUAACGAGAAUGGGGAAGUUUAGGUUCUCUUACACCGGAAAUCCGGGGUCAAAGACGGCUAAACCGUUUAAUCCAUAUGGAGUUGCUACAGACAGUAUGUGCCAUAUUCUGAUCGCCGACUUUGACAACAAUGUGGUACACAUCCUUGAUCGGAAUGGACAGUUCGUUUUCUACAUAGGCAGCUGCCAUUUGCAAUAUCCAUGGGAUCUCAGUACUGACUGUAAUGACAAUCUGCUUGUUGCCGAGUGUUAUUCUAACGACGUAAAACAAAUUAAAUACUUCUGAUAGGCGAAUUCUCAUCAUCGAUUGUCGAAAGUAUUAUGAAAUAGUUAACACACGGAGGACCAUUACCUCGAUAUGUUGUGAUAUACUUAGCCACUAUACUUGCUUGUAUAGACGUUUAUAAAUCCGUUGGCUGUCUGGUGAAGGAUGUCGAUGUUGCUUGUCUAGACGUAUAUAAAUCCGUUGGCUGUCUGGUGAAGGAUGUCGAUGUUGCUUGUCUAGACGUAUAUAAAUCCGUUGUCUGUCUGGUGAAGGAUGUCGAUGUUGCUUGUCUAGACGUAUAUAAAUCCGUUGUCUGUCUGGUGAAGGAUGUCGAUGUUGCUUGUCUAGACGUAUAUAAAUCCGUUGUCUGUCUGGUGAAGGAUGUCGAUGUUGCUUGUCUAGACGUAUAUAAAUCCGUUGGCUGUCUGGUGAAGGAUGUCGAUGUUGCUUGUCUAGACGUAUAUAAAUCCGUUGUCUGGUGAAGGAUGUCGAUGUUGCUUGUCUAGACGUAUAUAAAUCCGUUGUCUGUCUGGUGAAGGAUGUCGAUGUUGCUUGUCUAGACGUAUAUAAAUCCGUUGGCUGUCUGGUGAAGGAUGUCGAUGUUGCUUGUCUAGACGUAUAUAAAUCCGUUGUCUGUCUGGUGAAGGAUGUCGAUGUUGCUUGUCUAGACGUAUAUAAAUCCGUUGUCUGUCUGGUGAAGGAUGUCGAUGUUGCUUGUCUAGACGUAUAUAAAUCCGUUGUCUGUCUGGUGAAGGAUGUCGAUGUUGCUUGUCUAGACGUAUAUAAAUCCGUUGGCUGUCUGGUGAAGGAUGUCGAUGUUGCUUGUCUAGACGUAUAUAAAUCCGUUGGCUGUCUGGUGAAGGAUGUCGAUGUUGCUUGUCUAGACGUAUAUAAAUCCGUUGUCUGUCUGGUGAAGGAUGUCGAUGUUGCUUGUCUAGACGUAUAUAAAUCCGUUGUCUGGUGAAGGAUGUCGAUGUUGCUUGUCUAGACGUAUAUAAAUCCGUUGUCUGUCUGGUGAAGGAUGUCGAUGUUGCUUGUCUAGACGUAUAUAAAUCCGUUGGCUGUCUGGUGAAGGAUGUCGAUGUUGCUUGUCUAGACGUAUAUAAAUCCGUUGGCUGUCUGGUGAAGGAUGUCGAUGUUGCUUGUCUAGACGUAUAUAAAUCCGUUGGCUGUCUGGUGAAGGAUGUCGAUGUUGCUUGUCUAGACGUAUAUAAAUCCGUUGGCUGUCUGGUGAAGGAUGUCGAUGGUCUUAUGAAAGUUACGUAUUGCGUGUUAUCUGCACACAAAACUGAAGCUGUAUCGAACUUUUUUUUUUUUUUUUAAAUAAUCUACUUGUAAAUAUUUUAUACAAUUUUCAAACAUAUGAAUUUCAAACAAGUUUUAAGCAAUUUCAUUAUUAAAAACAAAACAAACAAAAAAUACCCGUAAACAUUUAAAUUGCUUGCUUGUGUAAAACACAUUCCAAGCAAGUUUAAUGCACAGUACGUCAUCAUUCAAAGCCGACUUUGAAAGAUUUAAGACCCGUAUAUGCACUUCGGAAAUUUGUGAGUUAAGAAAACAGUCGAUGACUACACCUGAUCCUUUUCUAUUCGUUUCAUCCUUGCCGUUUCAUUUGCUCAUUUUCAUCUAUUUUGCAUGCAUGUUAUAAUUUUGUUGAUUUGUCAGUACUGUACGACAUAUAGGGAGCGCCAAAUUAAUUAACAUACACUCAAAUAAUUGAAGAUAUCACCAAUUCAAUAAUUGCGCGCAUAAAAUCAAUUAUUGUCCUCAUCACUUCAGUUGAUGAGAGCAGUAAUUGAUUAGAUGCACACAUUAAUUCAGUUGAUGAGAGCAGUAAUUGAUCAGUUGAUGAGAGCAGUAAUUGAUCAGUUGAUGAGAGCAGUAAUUGAUUAGAUGCACACAUUAAUUCAGUUGAUGAGAGCAGUAAUUGAUCAGUUGAUGAGAGCAGUAAUUGAUCAGUUGAUGAGAGCAGUAAUUGAUCAUUUGAUGAGAGCAGUAAUUGAUUAGAUGCACACAUUAAUUCAGUUGAUGAGAGCAGUAAUUGAUCAGUUGAUGAGAGCAGUAAUUGAUUAGAUGCACACAUUAAUUCAGUUGAUGAGAGCAGUAAUUGAUUAGAUGUACACAUUAAUUCAAUUGAUGAGAGCAAUAGAUUUGAUGUGCAUAUCAAUUCAAUUAUUGCUCUCAAUUCAAUUGACGCGCGCAUCUAUGUAGUGGAAUUAUUGCUCGCAAGUUGCAUUUGGAGCUCAGUAUAAAUGAUUUGAUGAUCUCUAUAAUUCAAUUGAAGAUAAUCAUUUCUCACAUAAUCACCAGUGUGAUAUUGACUUUACCCAUGUGAGACAGCCAUGUGAGAUUUUUCUGUCUCACAAUGCUGCGACGUCAUUUGAUUGUGACGUCAUAUAUUUUCUAUGAUUUACGUUACACGGUGAAGAUUUACGUUACACGGUGAAGUAAAAAUAUUUUGCAUUGUUAUCUUUGAAUUUUAAUUUAUAUAGCUUUCUGGCGGACAACCUUGGAUUUUUUAGUUUACACUUACAAUGUAAACCAUUUUCGGGUAUGCUCUUUCUGCCUAUCUAAUUAGUUUUUGCAUCAAAGUUCAAAUGAGGAUUUUGAUAAUUUAGAAUUUUCUCAAAGCUCCUAAAUUUAUACACUAAACUGUAGGUAAAAUGUGAGAAAAAUAAUCCUUCAUUAUUUACUCGUGUGGGAUAGGGAAAUUCCACCUCUGGAACAAGAUUCGCUGUCUAGGACUCGGCAAAGCCUCGUCCUAGACUGCGAAUCUUGUCCCCUCGGUGGAAUUUCCCUAUCCCACACUCGUACUAAUGAAGGAUUCUAUUAAUCUUUAAUUAUUUAAUAUUUUGUUUGUAUCAAUUCUUUUAAUUGGUCUCUCCAAAAGAAUUAUUGUGUGCAUCAAUUGAAUAUUAAUGUGUGCAUUAGUUGAAUUGUAGCGCGCAUCAAUUCAAUCGCUGAUACCACCAAUUCAUUUGAAGAGAGCAUCAAUUCAAUUAUAAUGUUCAUCAAUUUGGCAGAAUAAUUAAUGUUAUCAUUAAUUAUUUGAAGAGAUCUUUAAUUGAAUUGUGCGCAUCAAAUUCACUGAGACAUCUUCAAAUAAUUUAAGAUAUCUUCAAUUAUUUUAGUUUAUGUUCAUUUGAAACUCCAUAAUCAUAUGGAUCAUGCGGGUAUACCAAAUUUGAAUAGAAUCGGUUAAAGUUGGGGAGAUCCCAUUAGUACUGUUUUAUCUGAAUAAGAUGAUUGUUUUCUAUAUUAAUUAAUGUACGUUUUUAAUGAAAUAAACAGUUCUUCUAUCUUUACAUCACACGGUUGUUAUUUAGUGUCUAGUUAGGACUACAAACCUGUACAAUAUACAGAGUCACAUGUAUGUCUCAGAUUCAUGUAUACGUCUCAGAUUCAUGUCUAUAUCAUUUUUGAUAGGACACAGAAAGUAGCAAGAACAGGAAAGAUCUCAUAGCAAGAGAUAAAAUGACAUAGAUCGGGUAAGGGCGGAAAGCGCAUUCAUUGUGUCAUAUUUAACUUAAUCUUUAUCUGAAGCAUACACGCAUGGUAAUGUGCUACAUGAUAUGAAGAACAAGAAUACAAACAGCUAGCAAUUCAUUUUUAUUGUUAUCAAAAUGUUCAUCCUAAUGUCAGGUGAAACAUCAAUUAACAUAUGAAUAUAAAAAUAUAUAUACUAAAUAAAACUUUAUGACUAAACACAAGUCAAUAAUUUAGUAUUACAAUUUCAUGUGAAUUUUAGUACUUCUGUACAUGAAUAAGAUGUUCAGUAUAUAUAAAUAAUAAAGAGUUUAUAGUAUACACCUGUAUGUGGAUUAAAAGUAAUCGCCACACUCCGUGAAAGACAGUAUUGUUAGAGUAACCC